GGAAGAGAGCUUCCUACCAUGCUCAAAGCAAAACCAGGCGUACCCCAGCCUUUCCUCCUGGGUUCUGACCUCCUUGCCAGCCAGUCUGAAUGAGUGGAGAAAAAUGACCACCAAUCCUCACCAGGACCCUACUCUGAUAUUCAUCAGUGAGAAGAAAUUCAUUACGAGAGAUCAACUUAAUCAUUUGUUGAAGACCUACAACAUUUUUUACGGGGACCAGAAGAACCGGCAUAUUACAUAUGGUGAGGCAGAAGAUGACAACAUAGUUAUCGAAGGAAUUUUGGACAUAUUCUGGGGAGUACAAAGACCUAUUCAGCUGAAAAUACAAGAUGAGAAGCAGGUCCCUUCUUUUGCUACCAUCAAGUCAUCCUCCUUAUUCUCCCAGAAGGGGGGCAUGACCCGCUGGGGGGAAUUUGAUGACCUCUAUCACAUUAGCGAGCUGGAGAGGAAACAGAGUGCUGUGGACGAAGUCGAGGAUCCCCAGGAAGAUUAUAUAUCUUAUAACAGCAGCACCCUGAGGCCUCAGCUGGAAGAUGAACCAGAUUCUCCCUUGCUAUACAGAACAAUGAGUGAAGCAGCAUUGGUGAGAAAGAAGGUAAACCUUGGCAAGAUAGAGAGGAGAGAUCAACAGAAGCACAGGGUAUCUAUUAAUGGCCAUUUCUAUAAUCAUGAGAUUGAAAACAACCCCCAGGAUUUUGCUCUCUACAUUAUCUAUUCAACUGGAGAAAAGAGAAGACUGAAGAAGACAGACAUUCCCCUCUUCCAUAGACUUCUGCAGGGUCCCUCACAAAGGAAUGCCAGGAUUUUCCUUAUGGACCAAGAUGAAAAAGAAAUCAGCAGUGAUGUGGCUGAAUACAUUCACUGUCACCUUUCUCUCUUGGAAUCAAUCCUUCAAAAAUUAAAUGAAGAAGAAGCACAAGAGAUUAAAAAAAUAAUCACAAAAUUCAAUACAGAGAAGGCCUUCAUAUUAAAACAUCUUAGAAAUAAAAUGAUAGUAAAAACAGAGACAACAGUGUAGUGAAACAAACACCCACGGAUCAAGCAUUUGAGCCAAGUGAAAAGUAUUUCUGUACUUAAUGUGUGCAUGUGUAUUGUAGAUAUGUGCAUUUAUGUAAAUACAUAGAAACUUCAAACUUGUAGAAAAUUAUUUGACCAGGAAAUUUUGUAUUGAGGGGAAGUGACCUUUAUAUUGCAGUUGGAACACUAAAUAUUCUGAAAAUUAUAUAACCAGAGUAGUACUCAUUUUUUCAAAGUAAGGGAGACAUUUUGAGCCAUGAAUUUAAAACCUCUCCCUUUGCUUGAAAUUUGUCAACUAGCUCUCUACCAGAAUGACAAAUGAAAUGGAAAAUAAAGACUCUAAACACUUUUUUUAAAAAAUAGAUAUAUUUUCUUUAUGUCACCUAGAAAUUCACUUUCAUUCUGAGUAGGGCUUAUAGAUUUUUGAUGACUCUUGAGUUUUAACCAAAAAAAAAAAAAUGAAGUUGCAAGUUGGCAAGUGAACAUCUAUUAUCUUAUGUAAUCCUGUUAAAACUCUAUAGGACCAAAGGCCAUAGACCCUUAGUAACCUGCAGUAUCUACAAGUGUACCUUUGACUGGAAAGGGCUUCUGUAUAAUGGUAACACAACAAUCUGGGAAAGGACCUAAUCCAAAAUUCACAAAGCUGUCUCUGACCUUCUAUUGUAUUAUAGAGUUGACUUUCAAAAUAUAAAAAAAAAAUUGCUGAAAAUAUAACAUGGGUUUAGGAUUGUUGUUGUUAUUCCUAGUUGUUUUUGUCAUCAGCAAUACUUUUUUAAAGCAAUGUCUUAGGUCAAUAGGUCUUACUCUUAAUCUACCUCCAUUUUCAUUCUUCAUGGACGUUGUCUAAAAAUAUUGCUAAAACAUUUUAUGUAUGAUACAGACAAGAGCUCUGUAUAAUAAGUACCCAGAUGGAAAAUUACUUUUAAAUGUUAAAAUACAUAUAUAUGUCCUAGUCAUUUCAAAGACAUAUGUAAUUUGUAAUCAUCAGCAAAACUUAGACUAGAUAAGAGUGUGUUCAUACACAUUAAAUUCUA